AUGCCUGCUACUUGUAUCGUUGUUGGUUGUGGAAAGAAAUACGGUGAUGUUGGUCAAGGUCGACGUAAAGUUGCACUUUUUCACCUUCCAACUAAUCUUACAAUACUAAAAAAAUGGUGUGAUAUUUUGUCGAUCAACUGUAAUAAUCUCAGCGUGGCAAAAACAGAACGUGUCUGUAGUCAACACUUCUUCAAGCAAGAUCUCACUUAUUCAGAACGAAGAACCAUAUUAGCUAAAGGUGCGAUACCAAUCCAUACGAGUACACCAGGCGAGUCUGUUCGAGUAUCAUGUUUACGUUCACGUGAUAACUGA